ACUCUAUCACUGAUAAGAAGUCUUGCUUUAACUUGCACAGUGAGGAAGCAGGCUGUGACGAGCUCAGUCUUGUAGUCCAAGGCAGUCAGUGUUCAGAGUUCAGUCAGCUAAAGCUGUCGGAGGAUUCAGAAGUGAAGUGUUACAGUUUGAUUCCAAAUUAAAAAAUGCCAGUAAAAUCGUGUGUUGGAGGAAGCUGUCCUGAGAAAAAACCACUGAAUUCAAAGAAAACUACAUCAAAGAAAACAUCAAAAGUCAGUAAGACAAAAAAGAAAUCUUCUCGUAAAGAUGACUCAAGUGACUGCUCCUGCUCAGAUUGCAAUUCUUAUAGCAGCUCCUCAGACUGCUGUUAUGAUAGUGAGUCCAGCUUCACUUCUGUCUCCUCUUCUGAUUGCCCUGCACCUACCAAGAAGUCUAAAGCCAAAUCUAACACCAAGUCUGCUAAUUCCAAAAAAGCACCCAAAAAUGAAAAGGCUGUGGCAAAACCCGCUAAGAAGACUUCUUCGAAAAAACCUAGUUGUUCAAAAUGAAUUCACUGAAAGUUAAAGCUGUAUAAAUAGUGUUUUAAGUUUUAAUGAUAACCGUUUUAUUUAUUGAUAUAACAUUGUUGUAAUAUUGUGUUUUGUGUGGAACUUAGUGUGAUGAAUUAAGUACUAUGGCAUUCAAUCGUAGAGUCUGUUUGUUGAAUUAAAGAACUUGUUUUGUUAAGUUAAAAACUUUUUUAGAUUAAUAUUUUGCUGUUAAAUAAUAGGUAAUCAUACAGAAUAUUGUAAAUUGAUGUGAAUAGUUUUUACUUCUAUUUAUAACUUUUUACUUUGUUACAACUUUAACAGCAACAUAUUUAGGUUUUCUCAAUAGUGAUCAUCUCAUGGAAUUUUUACAGCAAAGUUUUUACUGAGAAUGCAAUGAAACCUGAUGUAUGUACUUGAUCAAAUUUAGGAGGAACAGAAAGUAAUACCAGUUACACACAAUUUGUUCUUUAGAGUUGAUAAAUAAUGGUAUUGAACAAUGUAAUUUUAUUAUUGGUGAUUUAUUUAAUAAAUAGUUAUUUUA